AUGGGAGAGGUAGAACAGCGUCCCAGAUUUGAGUUACCUGAUAUAACGGGCAAUCGUACAGGAUGGGGGCCCUCUGGAACCCUUGAUCGGUUUCAAAAUUUGCCUUACCAACAGUUCAAUAAAACUGACAAAAUUGGGAAAGUUGCAGACUGGAUUGGUAUUAGCCAGUUCAGUGACCGCUUUCGAAGAGAACGUUAUGGCAACCCCUAUGCCUCUGGUACGGUGGGAUCACAGUAUGACUAUAUCCACGAUGUUGAGGAUGCAACAUUCCAGCUAGUAGACUCCAGUAAGCCACAACGAUCCAACAUACAGAGAAGCAGCAGGAUGCGUCAGCAGCAAUUAUUUUAUAAAAGAUUGGUGCAAAAAGAAACUGAAAGACGUAACUUGGCAACUUAUGGACAGAACCAAAAGAUUAAAAGAAGUAUUGCUAAAGAACAGCAAAAAGCUUUCAAACAAUGGCAGAGACGUGGAGGUGGUGCAGGUCGUGGUCGUGGUUACGGUCGAUAUGACCAAAGAAGUCAGAAGCAGUUGGCAGCUAGUAUUGCCGUCCGGCAAGAAUGGCAAGUUUUGGAGGAGAUGGACUUCCCAAGGUUGGCGAAACUCAGCUUACCAAAUGUUGAGCCAGGACAAGACAUCAAUGGUCAUCGAUAUGGACAAUUAUAUUAUUAUGAUAAAUCAUUUGACCGAGUUACCGUACGGACUGAAAAACCUUUGCAACGUUGCGGGGGGACAUUUUAUAAUCUUACCACCACGGAGGAUCCCGUUAUACAGCAGCUUGCUCAAGAAAAUGCUGGGAAUGUUUUUGCUACCGAUAUGAUCCUGGCAACACUUAUGGCAGCAACGCGUUCUGUAUAUAGUUGGGAUGUAAUCGCUUAUCGCGUGGGUGAUAAGUUGUUUUUCGAUAAGCGAGAGACUGGUGGAUUUUCGAAUCCUGUUGAUGCGCUGACCGUUAGCGAAACUUCAAUCGAUGCACCGCAGAGUGAUGACAAAACAAGCAUCAACCAUCCAAGAAAUUUAGCUACAGAGGCAUUAUAUAUCAAUCAGAAUUUUAGAAGGAUGGUUCUCAAAAGGAAUGAGGAACCUUUCCGUUAUGAAAACCCACGGCUCCCAUUCGAUGAAGGGGAAGAUGCGGAUUCCUGCGUUGCAUAUAAGUACCGGCGAUGGUCUCUAGGAAGGCAGCCUGACGGUACUGAAGUUCGCUUAGUAUGUCGCACAGAACACGAUGGUGUCAGUAUAGGGCCUAAUGGAGAGACGCAAACAUUGACUAUCAAGGCCUUCAAUGAGUGGGAUUCUAGGCUUUCAAGCGGAGUGGAUUGGCGUAGUAAACUCGAUACUCAGAAGGGCGCUGUUUUGGCCACGGAGUUGCAGAACAACAGCUGUAAGCUGGCAAAAUGGACGUUACAGGCCCUCCUGGCCGGGUCUGAUCAAAUUAAAUUUGGGUACGUUUCACGAGCGAAUGUACGCAACACAGUUAGCCACGUAAUACUUGGCACUCAGCAAUACCGGCCAUCAGAAUUCGCGACUAAUAUAACCUUAAAUCUGGAUAAUGCUUGGGGCAUCUUGCGUUGUAUGAUUGACAACUGCAUGAAACAACCGCCUGGGAAAUAUCUUUUGCUAAAGGACCCCAAUAAGCAAGCGUUACGCUUAUACUCACUUCCGGAAGGCACAUUUGAAUCCAGCGAAGAAGAGAGCGAAAGCAAUGGGUCAGACGACGGAACGUAA